GUGCAUCCAGACCGUUCUGCUUCCUGCUUCCCUGCAUCCUCUCUUGAGUUACCGUCUCCAAAGGUCAGGCUCACCCCCACCCAUAUUUGAAUUUUACUAGACAGGGUCCCCAAGGAAAAGGGCCCAGUUCCCUGUAAAGGAUCCUUUCCUUCCAGGACCAAUGUCCCCAAGUCCCACCCUUGUUCCUCUAACCCUGGCUUGGUUGUGUCAUCUUUUUUCUUGUUCCUUCUCUAGCAACAGACAAUUGUGAGUAUUCUUCUUUUUAUCUUCCUGUAGAUUUGGGGCCCUUGGUUGUGUUUGAAUUGAUCCAAGUCUAGGCUGAGGGUGGGGGCUGGUUUGCCUGCUGUGCUGACGGCAGAGGCCCCGCCAGCAGCCCUGUUCAUAGCGGGGGGUAAGGGGUCUGGAGCUGGUGCCUUCAGUUGCUGGACCCACGGGGUUGGUGCUGGUGGGAAGAAGAGAGCUGCCUCUAGCCCCUGGAAGCUGAGGCGAGGAGCCUUCAUGGGGUACCCAAAGGCCAGCUUUCACCCUUCCCGCUCCCUCCAGCCCCCAUCAGCUAAGUAUGGGGGGCGGCACACGGUGACGAUGAUCCCCGGGGAUGGCAUCGGGCCAGAGCUCAUGCUGCACGUCAAGUCUGUGUUCAGGCAUGCCUGCGUGCCAGUGGACUUCGAGGAGGUAGACGUGAGUUCCAACGCUGAUGAACAGGACAUCCGCAACACCAUCAUGGCCAUCCGUCGCAACCGCGUGGCCCUGAUGGGAAACAUUGAAACUAACCAUAACCUGCCCCCAUCCCACAAGUCCCGAAACAACAUCCUCCUCACCAGCCUGGAUCUCUAUGCCAAUGUCAUCCACUGCAAGAGCCUGCCCGGGGUGGUCACCCGGCACAAGGACAUCGACAUCCUCAUUGUCUGCGAGAACACCAAGGGCGAGUACAGCAGCCUGGAGCACGAGAGCAUGGCAGGAGUGGUGGAGAGCUUGAAGAUCAUCACCAAGGCCAAGUCUCUGCGCAUUGCCAAGUAUGCCUUCCAGCUGGCCCAGGAGACCGGACGCAAGAAAGUGACAGCCGUGCACAAGGCCAACAUCUUGAAACUAGACGAUGGGCUCUUCCUCCAGUGCUGCAGGGAGGUGGCGGCCUGCUACCCCCAGAUCAUCUUUGAGAACAUGAUCGUGGACAGCACCACCAUGCAGCUGGUGUCCUGCCCCCAGCAGUUUGACGUCAUGGUGAUGCCUAAUCUCUAUAGCAACAUCGUCAACAACGUCUGCGCAGGGCUGGUCGGGGGCCCGGGUUUGGUGGCUGGAGCCAACUACGGCCACGUGUAUGCAGUGUUCGAGACAGCCACCAGGAACACAGGCAAGAGCAUUGCCAACAAGAACAUCGCCAACCCCACGGCGACGCUGCUGGCCAGCUGCAUGAUGCUGGACCACCUCAAGCUCCACUCCUACGCCACCUCCAUCCGCAAGGCUGUCCUGGCAUCCAUGGACAAUGAAAACAUGCACACCUGAGAUAUUGGGGGCCAGGGCAUCACGUCUGAAGCCAUCCAAAACAUCAUCCGCCACAUCCGCAACAUAAACGGCCGAGCCACAGAGGCCUAGGCUGUCCCAGGGAUGGGGUCUGCUGUCAGCCCACUCUUUGGACCCCCCUCCCCGGCAACCCCAGCUGGCUGGGUGGGCAGCCUUAAUAAACCCUUCCCACCCCGGU